AUGAGGGUGGACGCAACAUCCACGCCCUGCAGAAGAACUCCGCCGCUUGGAGGCCGAGGCUUGCCCUUGUCUGAGGAGGCCAAGUCCAUUAGGUGCUCUGUCGAGGUUGCCCAGAUCCGUGCCGAGAUUGAGAAGCGCUUGUGCGAGAAGGAAGAAGAAUUUGAAAACACCCGCAGGGUUCACCAGCAGAACAUCGAAUCUAUCCAGGCCACCCUGGACUCGGAAUCCAAGGCCAAGGGAGACCUGCUGCGCAUCAAGAAGAAGCUCGAAUCCGACAUUAAUGAGUUGGAGAUCGCUCUCGACCAUGCGAACAAAGCGAACGAAGACGCCCAGAAGAACCUUAAGCGUUACAACGACCAGAUUAGGGAACUCCAGGUUACCGUGGACGAUGAACAGAAGAGGAAGGAACUGUUCCGCGAGAACCUGGCUGUCGCCGAGAGGAAGUUGGCUGCCGCCAAGCAAGAACAGGAGGAGCUGAUCGUCAAGCUCGAAGCCAUUGAACGUACUCGUCGCCAGAUCGAGGGAACCGUCCACGAACAACAGGAACUGAACAACGAAUUGAACUCGCAGAACGUCGUCCUGACGGCUGCCCGAAACCAAUUGGAAAGCGAGUACACCCUGCUCAAGUCCGACAUCUCGGAGGCCCAGCAGGAGCUCGCCGCUUCGGAGGAGCGUGGCCGCCGUGCCGCCGCCGAGGCCGCCAAGCUGUCCGAGGAUCUGCGCCACGAACAGGAAGCCGCAUCGACGCUCGAGCGUCUGCGCAAGAACCUCGAGAACCAGGCCAAGGAUAGGCAAGAACGAGCCGAUGCCGCUGAGGCUGCCGUGAUGAAGGGAGGCACCAAGGCUGUGCAAAAGGCCGAACAGAGGCUGAAGGGACUGCAAGCCGAUUUGGAGGCACUGAAACGAGGAGGGCUCAGGAGGCUGUCAAGGCUUUCGGACGCGCUGAUAGAAGGUCUCAAAUUUCAGGUUGCCGAGGACAAGAAGAACUACGACAAGCUGCAGGAGCUGGUUGAAAAGCUAAAUGGCAAGCUGAAGUUGCGAAGAAGCAGUUGGAUGAGGCUGAGGAACAAGCGAACGGAAACCUACAAAAAUACCGCCAGAUGCAGGUUCAGC